CCAUGAUAGCCCGUUCAUCCGUAGUUCUUUUUGCGCUGGCUGCGCUCGCCCUCAGCCAAGCAGACAACACUUCCCUCACCUUCGACCAAAUCCCCAUCUCCAAGGAUCUCCACUAUGUCCCUUGCUUCCAAAAUUUCACCUGUGCUAGGAUGGAAGUUCCACUCGACUAUAAGGACCCCAAAGUCGGCAAUACCCAUGUCGCAUUGCUCAAAUGGCCCGCUCCAAAGCAGCCCGCACUCGGCGAUUUAAUUUUUAAUCCAGGUGGGCCCGGAUAUUCGGCAGUUGACGAGCUUUUGGGAUUGACAGGACCUCUGAGUAGACUUCUGGGCGAGAGAUACAACAUUGUCGCUCUAGAACCAAGAGGUAUCCAAUACAGCGGACCAAGCGUCCACUGCUUCGGAGAAUCAGAUGAGCUCGGGCUUACAUACCUCACAUCCCGUGGUCCAGCGGGAUGGACCGAUCACCCGCAAAGAGCAAAAACCUUUGAAACAACGGGCGCAUUCGGGUCGUGGUGCUCGAACGUACUCAGCGAAACUGCAAACUAUGUAAAUACACCAGCGGUAGCGGCGGAUAUGCUGCACUACUCCGAAUUACUGGCAAAGUCCCAAGGCAAGCCAUGCAACGACACUAAAGUAAAUCUCUACGGAAAUUCGUAUGGGACCACGCUGGGCAUGACGUUCGCACAGCUAUAUCCUGACCGUGUUGGCCACUUUAUCCUAGACGCCGUAGUCGACAUAGAGGACCAUUACUUCGGUAACUGGAGUCAGAAUCUCCUACAAGGUGAUGAAGCCGUGAACGAUCUGUUCACAUCUUGCGCAGCAGCCGGGCCUCGAUGCGCAUUAUACCAGAACGGGUCCACAGCUGAAAGCAUCAAGAAAAGAGUCGAUGAUCUUCUCCUCAGGCUCGUCGAUGCUCCCAUUUCUGCGACCAAUCCAAAAGAAGUAUUGCUACCCAUUACUGUCGACGACAAACCGCUUCGCUCAGCUAUGAGGAAUGCGGUGUACAACCCAUCAGCCUAUUUUGCUCCCUUGGCUCAGCAGAUCGCUGAGCUGGAGCGCGGAAACGCAUCGUCCUUUGGCACUCCGAUUAACAUUGGUGAGGGAGGAGACUCGGAGUCAUCUUUCGCGACGGAUAUAUACGGUGGGAUCUUCACGAGAUGCUUAGAUAACCAGAAAAGAUUCCCAGGGACGUUGGAAGCGAUGGAAGAUCUGUUCGUGUAUAACAAGCAGUUGAGCACGUACUUUGGAGAGUCCUGGGCUAACGAGAAUCUUCUUGAAUGCCGCAACAUCAGAUUCACUCCUCCUGUAUCCCAGAGAAUCGACAAAAUCAGCAAAGUCAAAACAAACACCCCAAUCCUCUUCACUGAUAACACAAUAGACGGGUUGAGUUCCAGCUACCACAAGAUGUCGCCAUUGUUUGAAGGGUCAGUCGUUAUGCUACAGAAGGCGAAUGGUCAUGGACUCUUGGUCGCGCGAUCGAAUUGUACGGAGACGAAUCUGCAGCAGUAUCUCGAGACGGGAAAGUUGCCCCCACAUAAUACUAUUUGUGAUACUGAUUAUCAGCCCUUUCCGGAGGUGUGA